AUGUCACCAAUCAGCGAAGCGAAAGGAAUCCCAUUGUCGAAGAACAUUCCGAGCCUCGAUGAACUUUUUUGCAAUGCAAUCAAAAGUUAUCCGGAAAACUUAGCUGUCAUAAGCACUCAACAGCCGGCAGAGCUUUACAACAUCCGCAGUCAACCUCUCGACGACGACGAGUACCUUCACCAGCCUUACCUGAGAUGGAAUUAUCGAGAUCUUGACCAAGGUAUCAACCGGCUUGUCAAUGCAUUAGCAGCCAGAGGGAUUGGCAAGGAAUCUCCCAUGUUCAUUUUCUUGCCUAAUACUGUUGAGUAUGUCAUGGCCACAUGGGCUGCAUACCGUCUGGGCUGUGUCCAUGUGCCUAUCAACCCUCGAAACCUUUCAAACCAGACUGAAGUCAAGCAUAUGAUGGAAACAGUCUUGGAGAGCUUUCCAUCCCAGCAAACUGUUAUAAUAGCUGCUAGCUGUGAUUCGGCUCAACGGAUCGAUGAUUUGGCACUUGAGCCUUGUCUUCGGAUCAUCUUGGGUGGCCAAGCUGACAACUGGAUCUCAUUUGAGGAUUUGAUGAAAGAUGUGGGUUGUCUCUGUGUAACUUCGUCGCAGAAGUUCUGGGAUCCUACAGACGCAACGGUCCUCUUCACAAGUGGGAGCACUGGCUUCCCCAAGGGAUGUUUGACACGAGGUUCACGGGUUGUUGCCGCCUUGCAGUGUCGCAACAAAAAUCGAACUAUGGUACCUGGGGACAAGGUUGCAAUAGUCGUGCCAAAUAAUCACGGCUUCGGUUUCAAUUCUCUGAUACCGCCCCUCACUCGUGGAGCAGCUGUUGUUUUUCCUGGACCAAGCUUUGUCCCGCAAGAUGUGAUGGGAUGCCUACAACGGGAACAAUGUACUCAUAUGUCGAUGGUACCAACAAUGGUACACGCUCUUGUUACCCUCGGAAAUGUGAAGAAAGGAAGGGGGAUCAGCUCCCUGAGGCAGAUAACAUUGGCAGGGGCGCUUGUGACCCCAGAUCUAGCGAGAAUGUGCUUCGAUCAACUCGGAUCGUCGACUGUGGAGAUUCUCUAUGGAAUGACAGAGGGAACUGAAGUCUCAACUGGACCUGUCAAGGAGUUUCAUUCCAUCACCAAAGGAGGACACAUCUCCAUCGGGGUGCCAGCUCAAGGCUCAAAGGUCCGGAUAUGUGCUCCUGGUAGUAUUAUUCCUCUUGCGAGGGGAGUUCCGGGAGAGCUGAAUUUCUCUGGUCCCGCACUAGUCACACAUUACAUGGGCAACGGCUCUGGCCGAUUUUACGACGAUGGUAAUGAUUAUCCGUGGUUUGCCACUGGAGAUAAAGCAGUCAUGGACCAUGACGGUCAACUUUACAUCAUGGGGAGAUAUAAAGAAACAAUCAUCCGUGGAGGAGAAAACAUUGAGCCCGGUGCUAUUGAGACGAGUUUGAGCCAGGUUCCUGAGCUCAGCAUCCUCGAGCCACAGAUUGUUGGAGUAUCAGAUCCUAUUGCUGGUGAGGUUCCAGUCGCUGUUGUCAACAAAGCUGUCGAUCGAGGCGUGGCAAAAUUCCUUCAAGAUACCAUUCGCACCAACAUGGGAAUGAUGUAUGUGCCAGCUGAGAUAAUACCCUUGCAGUCACUUGGGCUUGAAGAUUACCCUAGAACAAUGUCAGGAAAAAUUCAGAGGGAAAAGCUUCGGGUGACGGUGCAGAAGUAUAGGGACGAGAAAAAUCUGAACCGAGUCAAAGACUCCUCUGAUCGAUUCAUCUAUGAGGAGAAGCUCAAGCAAGUAUGGGGACAAUUUUUGGGACUCGACGCCAAGUUCAUCACCGCAAAUACUGAGCUUUCUGCAUUUGCUGACAGCGAAACAUUGACAUUGAUACGGGAGAAAAUUUGGAGGGAUGUGACAACGAACGUUUCAUUGUCUAAAUGGCUUGCUGCUGACACUAUCAUGGAACAACUUCAGCUUAUUGAAAAGGCAAAUCAAGAACAAGUUUUGCAUCCUGGGUCGUAUGAAAAUCAACCAAUGAGCAAAUUUCCGGAGAAAACGGCAGAGCUGCUCAUAUCCUCCAUCGCAGCUGAAAGGGAUAUUGAUAUUGAUGAAACUACGCGGCUGGUCGAUUUGGGUGUUGAUUCAAUCAUGGCUAUCACAAUCCUUGACCGGGUGAUGAGAGAAACAGGUCAGAUGCUGCCUCCAUCGCUAUUCUUCGACCAUCAAACAGUCGCACAGUUCAGGAAAAGCCUCUGUCCUUCUUCAUCUCCAGCUUCUCAUGGGUUAUGCUUCUCAAAACUUCUCCAUGGCGAGCCCAAUCCCAGAACUCCUUCAUUGUUUCUCUUUCCCCCAGCUUCGGGAUAUGCCUUCUCAUAUAGUGGCCUUCCUGAAUUUCCCGACAACCUAGCUGUAUACACGCUGGGAUCUCCAUUUCUCACGACCGAAAACCUCAACUGGACGGUCGAAGAUGCAGCAGCCGCAUAUAUCGAGACCAUACGCGCCAUUCAACCUUGCGGUCCCUAUCUUCUGGGUGGUUGGUCGAUGGGCGGUGCCCUAAGUUACGAAACAGCUGUUCAGCUAUCUAAGGCAGGAGAGCAGAUUAAAGGACUGAUUCUCAUAGAUAGUCCAUUUCCAAGCCCAAUACAGAAUCUCCCAGACUUGACGAUUGAGCUUCUGGACAUGUUGAAUUGGUUUCCACCGAUUCGUCGCCCAGGGAAACCAGAUAUCGAAUUUCCCUUCCAUAGGAAAAAGCACACCAUUGAAUCCUUCCGGGCGCUGAGCAAGUAUAAGCCACGUGCAAUCAAUGCUUCAAGCUGGUCAACUGAUGUACCAGUGAAAAUCUUCAUGAUAUGGGCAAAAAUAGGAACCACCGAGAAGCUUGUGAGUAAGAUUGACGAACAGGCAGAGAUCGUGAAGAAGUAUGGUUCCAAGACGGAAAAACGUGCCUGUAACAAAUGGCAAACGGAGCCCCGUCAGUCCCUUGGACCAUCCGGCUGGGAUCAGGUUGUUGGAGUGGAGAACGUGGAGUGCCACUCGUUAGAGGCAGACCAUGAGACUAUUCUUGAGGACCCCCAGGUAAGUUUCCAUCAGCGAGACUGUCUAACCCUUGACCCCUCUAAUGAUUUGUGA